AUGACUACUACUUUCCAUGGCCGAUUGUUUGAAGGGCCAACCAAUAUCAGCACAAUGCAUAUUGAAGAUCAUAGUCACCUGCAUAGUGCGCUGCUAUUCUUUACAGGGCAGACCACUCCCGCACAUGGUCCAAGAUGGGCUUCUUGGAAUACUGGUGUUUUUAUUUGCAUCAGAUGUGCUGGAAUACAUCGAAAUCUUGGGGUUCAUAUAUCAAGGGUAAAGUCUGUCAAUUUGGACCAGUGGACACCAGAACAAAUACAGUGCAUGCAGGAUAUGGGAAAUACGAAGGCAAGGAUACUCUACGAAGCUAAUCUACCAGAGAACUUUCGAAGACCACAAACAGAUCAAGCUGUAGAAUUUUUCAUCAGGGAUAAAUAUGAAAAGAAGAAGUAUUACGACAAAAAUGUGAUCAGUGUCUCCAGUAUGCCCACCUCUGAUGCUGUUCAGCCUUUGGCAUCUUCUCCUUCUCUGCAAGCUGCUGCCGAAAAGAGCAAAUUGGAGGGUAUGCUGGGUUCACCAGGUUUCAAGAGGUCCCUCAGUUACAAAGUCUCUCUCACAAAGGAAAAAGAGAAAAAAAAAGAUGAGAAGAAGAGAGAGAGGGAAUCAGAAAAGCCAUUGAAACCCCUAACAACUGAAAAGCCUCAGAAGAAAGAGGAUCAGCAAUUAGAGCCUAAAGCAAGUCCGAGAAAACCACCAGAACCUACUAUAGAUCUUUUAGGACUCGAUGGCCCUCCUGACGUACCUGUUACAAAUGGAAGCACCACUACCAUCACAACACUGAAUGAUGACUUGGAUAUCUUUGGCCCAAUGAUCUCCAAUCCUUUGCCAGCAGCUGCUGUACCACCUACUCAGAGCACUUCCACUAAUCCAACAGCUGCUACCUUAUCUGCUGCAUCUGGGGAUCUUGAUCUGUUCACUGAACAAACCACAAAAUCAGAAGAGUCAGCAAAGAAACAACUCUCCAAAGAUUCCAUCUUAUCACUGUAUGGCACAGGGACCAUGCAGCAGCAAAGUGCUCCAGGUAUGUUUAUGGGAUCUUCUUCCAUGCCAUUUACCACACAACCAUCAACUCCUUUUCAAAGUUUUCCAGCCAUGGGAGUACCUGUGCCUGCAGCUGCUGGAAUGAUGGGAAAUAUGAUGGGACAAUCAGUGCCUGUCAUAGGACAGGCCACAGGAAUGAUGGUGGGCAUGGGCAUGCCCAACGGUUUCACUGGCACUACACAAAGUGGUGUGAUGGGACUUCCUCAAAAUGUUGUUGGAACCCAAGGAGGAAUAGUAGGACAAAUGGUUACUGUACAAAAUAAAUAUGGCAUGCAACAAAAUCAACAAGCUCAAUGGAACAUCUCUCAGAUGAAUCAGCAAAUGGCUGGAAUGAAUCUCAAUAGUUCCAGCAAUAUGAUGGGGUUUGGCCAGCCCCCCAAUACAGUGGCAGGAUGGACUGGAAGCUCUUCGGGUCAGACUCUCAGUACACAGUUAUGGAAAUGAAAAUUUCAACAGAAAUUUCAUGCAUAACAGUCACUUGACAUUCCUUGCUCAAAUGCAUUUAUUUUUUCUUUUUCCCCCAAUUGUUCACAUUAAGAAGUUAUCUAACUGACCGUAUUGUGGCCUAUAUUGAUUGAUUCAAUGUGGUGGAAAGCAGAUUGAGAAUACAUUCAUAUAUCAUUGGCAGCUUUUUCACAUUACAGUGCAUAUGGUUUCUUAAACCAUAUCUUUUAGAAGCUGCUUUACCAAUUGCAUACUCAUUUUUUCUCAAUUAUAGAUCAAACAUUGGCAUAUAAGGGAUGUAGCUAUCAUGUUAGUAAUAUCUCUAAAUAUAUAAACCUCGCCCCCAAAUAACCCAGUAAUCCUUGUAGAAGAUACUCUCUGAACAAAUGUUUAAUCAUACAAAUAGAAUGUAAAUGUAUCACUGAACAAUGUUUUUAGUGUAUCAAACAUACUUUGUUUUAUCAUUCAUUUCACUGUGAUGUUAUUAUGGUGUGCUUAACACAGGGAACGUGGUUAGUGAAAGCAAGAUAAACCUGGAUGUUACUGUAGUUCCACAUGUUCAGUUUAUUCUUUCAAAACAUGAAUAUUUAAUCCAUUUGAGUUUCCUGUAACAAAAUAUGCAAUUUGGUUCCAUACGUGUAUACAUUGUACUAAUAAAGAGAACGUAUUGCACAAUAUGCAUACAGGGUAACUCACCAUAUAUGAAUACUUUGUCCUUGCAGAUAUAUCCAGGUUUGACAGUAAUUGUGUUUACAUUUAAUGGUGCCUCGUAUUGAUAAAAAUGUUAUUUCCCUAUAUUAAAAUAAUAAAUCCAUAAA